CCUGGCGUUAAACCUCUCUUCCCUCGGCGGCCACAUUUCCCAACUGCCGUGCCGGGGGCGGGCUCGGGCUCAGAGGCUGCGGGAUGCUGCGGGCGGGCGGCCGGGCUGUGCUGCGGGUCGGGCCCCGGGGCCGGGAGCCCGGGUCGGGCGGGCGGCGGCGCUGCUGCAGCUCCGGGCCGGACGGCCUGAAGCAGACGCCCCUCCACGCCUUCCACCGGCAGCAGGGUGGUAAGAUGGUGAACUUCGCUGGCUGGAGCAUGCCUGUGCAGUACGCGCUGAGCCACCUGGAGUCCCACCUGCACACACGCCAGCACUGCUCCCUCUUUGAUGUCUCCCACAUGCUGCAGACCAAGGUGUUUGGCCGGGACCGGGUGAAGUUCAUGGAGAGCCUGGUGGUUGGGGACAUCGCGGAGCUGAAGCCGGACCAGGGCACCCUGUCUCUCUUCACUAACGAGGAGGGAGGCAUCCUCGACGACCUGAUUGUGACCAGCACGUCGGAGCAGCACCUCUACGUGGUGUCCAACGCAGGCUGCAGGGAGAAGGACUGGGCCCUGAUGCAGGGCCGAGCAGAGGAUCUGCGGGCUGCAGGUGGCGACGUGCACCUGGAGGUCUCUGAAAACGCGCUGCUAGCUCUGCAAGGUCCCUCGGCGGUGCAGGUGCUGCAGACAGGCGUGUCGGACAACCUGGCCAAGCUGCCCUUCAUGAGUAGUGCGGUGAUGGGUGUGUUUGGGGUGCCAGGCUGUAGGGUGACGCGCUGCGGCUACACCGGAGAGGAUGGUGUGGAGAUCUCGGUGCCCAUGGGGCGCACGGUGGAGCUGGUGGAGCUGCUACUCAGGGACCCACAAGUGCAGUUGGCAGGGCUGGCGGCCAGGGACAGCUUGCGCCUGGAGGCGGGGCUCUGUCUCUAUGGCAACGACAUUGAUGAGAUGACCACGCCUGUGGAGGCGGCUCUGGUGUGGACACUGGGGAAGCGGCGCCGGCUGGCUAUGGAUUUCCCCGGUGCCCCAGUCAUUGUGCCCCAGAUCAAAGGGAAGGUUAAGCGCAAGCGCGUGGGGCUGAUUUCCACAGGCCCCCCCAUCCGGCCACACAUGCCCAUCCUGAGCCCAGAGGGCAGGCCCAUCGGCGAAGUGACCAGUGGCUGCCCCUCUCCCUGCCUGAAGAAGAAUGUGGCCAUGGGCUAUGUGGAGGGCGAGCAGAGCCGGGUGGGCACGGUGGUGGCAGUGGAGGUGCGGAAGAAGAGCUGCCCUGCCCUGGUCACCAGGAUGCCCUUUGUGCCCACCCGCUACCACAUGCUCAAGUGAGAUGUGGCUGGCAGCCACGCCUCCCACCCACCCCAAUCAAUCAGCAUGCGCCUCUCUUCACCACAUGAGAAUCCAUGUCCCCAAUCAGAACUCCCCACAGGACACGGGUGGCCCCACAGUGCCACCCAUUCAAGCAAGGCUGGGCCCCACCGGGGCCAAAGAGCCAACGUCCAGCCAUGUGCUGCACAGCCAAUGCCAAGGGCCUGUGCCAAGUGCCUUCCAGCCCCAUCUGAGGCCGAUGCCAAACCAGGCCAGUCUGUUGGUUUUCUUGGGGGCGGUGGGCAGCCUCUGAGUGUGCCCUCAGUGUCCAGACAUGCUCUGGCCUUGCUGUAUGUAUGCCACAUGCUGCCAGUCAAUGGGCUGGCAAGGUGAGAGUCCCUCUGCUGCCCUAGCCCGCCUGGGCAUUCCCCCCAUUUCUGUAAUUGGGCUGUGAUUGUCCAUUAAAGACCCCCUGACUCCA